AUGAAUGAAUUAACUGAUACAUUAAAUAUUCUAAGUUUAGAAGAUUGGAAUGCUACAGCUACAGGUGUUUUAUCACAUAUAAAAAAUCCUAUUCAAAAUACAUUUUUUACCAGUAAUUCUGAUUUAAUUGGUAAAACUCUUCGUCAAUCUAUAGUUUAUUUUGCUGAAACAUUAAAUACAGUUGAUCAGUCAUCAUGUAUACUUGGAAAUGAAUUUCGUUCAGCACGAACACAUAAAUAUAAAUCGUUACGUUCACCAGAUGAAAAAACUUCAGAAACAACAACACCAAUAGAAAUAACAACAUAUGCACCAAUUGCAUUUGAAUACAUACGUACAAUAAUUGGUAUAACAGCAAAUGAUUUUCAAUCAUCAUUUGAACGUGGUGAGUUAAUUAACUUUGUUAAUACAGGAAGAUCAGGUUCACAAAUGUAUAAAACACAAGAUGAUACGUAUAUUAUAAAAACAUUACGUGAUCAUGAAGCAAAACUUUUGAUUCGAAUUUUAGCUGGUCUUUAUUUACAUUAUUCUCAUAAAUCUUCAUUAAUGACACGAUAUGUUGGUUUAUAUUCUGUAAAUAUGUGUUCAAUAGUUUCAUCUGAAAUCUAUUGUGUUAUUAUGUUGAAUAAUUUACCAUCAAUUCUUAAUAUUCAUGAACUAUAUGAUCUUAAAGGAUCAAGUGUUGGUCGACAUUCAAGUAUUGAUCUACCAAUAAAACGUUUAAAAGCAUUAAAAGAUCUUGAUUUUGAAUUAUUUUAUCCAUAUGGUAUUCGUAUUCCAAGUGAUAUUUAUCGAAAAUUAAAAUUAACACUUGAAUCUGAUAUAUGUGAAUUAAGAAAACUUAUGAUUACUGAUUUUAGUCUUAUGUUAGGUGUUUAUCAAUUAGAUGAAUCUAUUCAAAAAACAGAAAAUAAUGAAAAAACUUCAAAAUUAAAACCAAAACCGCAAUUAGGUAUAAGUGCAUUAUUUGCAGCAAUAACUAUUGAGCAAACAGCAUUUGAAUCUAAUAAUUUUGAUGAGACAAAUAAAACAUCAAAUGUUUCAAAUACAAAAUUAAUUAAAAAAUUUAUUAUGAAACCUUUACAUCUUAUCGCUUGUUCACAAGAAAAUACUUUUACUCAUAAUACAAUGGCAAGUUCAUUUUUAGGUAUUCCUGGUGUAACACAUGAUGGUCGACGAGUACUUCUUUAUCCAGCUAUUAUUGAUUGUUUACAAACGUUUGAUAAUUUCAAACGUAUGCAACAUGCAAUACAAAAUAUUCGUGAUCCAAAACGAAGUUCUGAAUAUAGUGUUAUUCAUCCGGAUGAAUAUGAAAAACGUCUUAUUCGAUUUUUAUUUGAUAAAGUAUUUAUUGAUUCUAAACAAACAUUGAAUAAAUUACUUGCUUCACCUAUUAUAUGUAAUAGUUUUUCAGAAGAUGAUAUUAGAAAAAGAUAUGAAAAUCAAAAUCAAUAUUUGAAUGCAGUAUGUGAAUCAUUUGAAACUAUUCAGAUGUUAAAUACUGACAGUAUACCAGUGAAUAAUGAAUCAUUUAUUCAAGCAGGUGAACAACUACAUAGUUUCAUUUUAAAUCUUAAAAAUAAUAAGUAA